GUUCCCCGGGGACGCGGGCGCGCGCCGCCACCACCACCAGCAGCAGCAGCAAAGCAGCAGCAGAAGCAACAGAGACAUCGUCGCCUGUGCCGCAUCGGGCGGCAGCCAGGAAGACUUUCCCCAUGAACACCAUCAGACAAGUGCCGGCCAAGGUUCUGCACCGCCGCUCGGUGCACAGCCUGGAAGCGGAGCGGGAGCAGUUUGACAGGCAGCAGGCGGCCAGCAUCAGCAAGGCUAUCAACAGCCAGGAGGUGCCUGUCAAAGAAAAGCAUGCACGCAGAAUUAUAUUGGGAACGCACCAUGAGAAAGGGGCCUUUACCUUCUGGUCCUACGCCAUUGGACUCCCUUUAUCCAGCAAUUCCAUCAUGAGCUGGAAGUUCUGCCACGUUCUCCACAAAAUCUUGAGAGAUGGACAUCCAAAUGUUCUUCACGAUUUUACCAGGCAUAAAAGCAACAUCCGUGAAAUGGGAAAUUUAUGGGCACAUAUGCAUGAUCGUUAUGGACAACUGGCAAGUGUCUAUGUUAAACUUCUCAACACCAAGAUGGAUUAUCAUAAAAAGCAUUCUGAGUUCCCACCGAAUCUGGAAGUGACAGACGAAGCACUGGAUAAAGCUUCUGGCACAGAUGUAAACAAUAUCUUUCAGCUCACGGUGGAAAUGUUUGAUUAUAUGGAUUGUGAACUUAAGGUUGCUGAAUCUGUCUUCAGGUCGCUGGAUACUUCGUACGCGGUAUCGCAGACGCCCUCUGGUCAGUGCCGUCUGGCUCCUCUCAUUCAGGUGAUUCAGGACUGCAGCCACCUGUAUCACUACACUGUAAAGCUAAUGUUCAAACUCCACUCGUGUCUGCCGGCUGAGACGCUGCAAGGACAUAGGGACCGAUUCUAUGAUGAAUUUCACAGUCUAAAGAGUUUCUUCAGCCGUUCUCGUGACAUGUUGUAUUUCAAACGUCUCAUCCAGAUCCCCAAAUUGCCCGAGAGUCCACCAAAUUUUUUGCGAGCUUCUGCCUUGGCAGAGCAUGUGAAACCAGUGGUGAUAAUUUCUGAUGAAGUCCCGACUGAUGACAUCGAGGAACCGGAGAGUCUCAUCGAGGUUUCUGCCGCUCCAGUGACUGAAUCCCCGAAUUUGGUGGAUGUGGACAUUUUCGAUGCUGCUUUUGGACCUCCAACUAAUAAUAGUUUUGAGAAAGAUGAACGAAACCUUCAAAUUGACAAUUUGAAGAAGGAGGUGGAGAUGCUGAAAGUUGAGCUGGAGAGAGUAAAGUCUGAGGCCCAGAAGUACAUCGCACAACUGAAAGCCCAGAUUAAUGGCCUGGAAACGGAGCUGGAGGAAACCCGGAAGCUGAAGCAGAAGGCGCUGGUCGACAACGAGGAGCUGAGGGAUGAGCUGGAAAACCUGCGGAAGCAGAAAGGCGACGUGGAUAAAACAGAGUUCCUGCUCGUAGAAUCCGAUAAGAAAGUCCAAGCGAACGAGCAGCGCUACAACAAACUAAAAGAAAAGCACAGCGAUCUUGUCAACACUCACGCAGAACUCCUCAGAAAGAGUGCUGAGACAUCGAAACAACUGACAGUAACGCAGCAGACCCGUGAAGAGGAGACGCGGACUAAACAAGAGCUUGAAUUUGCCAUGGAGGAAGCCAAGAGGGAAGCGGAGACGAAGCUGGAGGACCAGAGUUUUACAAUGGAACAACUGAAGAGAGAAAUAGAGGCAAAGAAGGAAGAGCUGGCUACCAUCCAGGGCUCACUGCGUAACUCUGACCAGGCGGGCACAGAGAUGAACUCGAGGCUGCGGAGCCUUGAGGCAGAGAAGGACAACCUGAGGAAGACGGUGGCUGAGAAGGAAGCUGAGGCCUACACACUGAAGAACACGCUGCAGGAGAGAGAGAUGGCAAUGCGCACUGAGAAAGACAAAGCCUGCAGGGAACUGGAGGAGCUCCAGGGAAAAUUCACAGAGAAGGCAAACCGUGAGCAGCUGCUUCAGCAGAAACUGCUGGAUGAGCAGUUCCACAUGGUCCAGGGCACGGUGAGGGAAGCCGAGAGCAUCAUCCAAGACGCCGUGGCCAAGGUCGACGACCCCCUGCACAUUCGAUGCACCAGCUCGCCAGAUUACCUCAUCAACAGGGCAGAAGCAGCCAUGGAGUCGGUGAACUUGAUGCAACAAGGACACUCGCAGUACCUAACGAACAUGGCAGAUGCCAGCAGCCUCCUGCAAGCAUUGACCAGGUUUGCUCAUUUGGCUGCCGACGCCAUCGUGAAUGGCAGUGCCACGUCACACCUGGCUCCGACUGACCAGGCGGACAGACUGACGGACGGUUGCAGAGAGUGUGGGAAGGAGAGCCUACGCUAUUUGGGUGAUCUGAAGGAUAAGCGAUCAGUCAGCCGUGCUGACCCUGCCUCCGUGAGGAGUGCGAUUCAGAAAAUCCUUGACCUUGGACAGGAGUUGAGGCCCAAGAGCAUUGAUGUCAAACAGGAGGAGCUCGGGGACAUGGUGGACAAAGAGAUGGCAUCAACAUCCGCAGCCAUUGAAGAUGCAGUGAAGAGGAUUGAGGAAAUGAUGAAGCAAGCCCGACAAGGAAGCUCUGGCAUUAAACUGGAAGUUAAUGAAAGAAUUUUAAACUCGUGCACCAGUCUCAUGAAGGCAAUACGGCAACUGGUGAUGGCCUCAACGAGCUUGCAGAAGGAGAUUGUGGAAAGUGGAAGGGGAGCAGCAACUACAAAAGAAUUCUAUGCAAAGAACUCUCGCUGGACAGAAGGUCUAAUCUCUGCUUCCAAAGCUGUGGGAUGGGGCGCAACACAGUUGGUGUAAGUACCAGCCCCAACC